AGCUAUUCCUUUGUUGCUUGGACUCCUUACUACCUCUUACUAGCCCCUAUCCGGGAGGGCUCUGACAACUGGCGGGAGACACCAAACACCUACCUCUCUAUGACAGUUGCCAACAUGCCCAACUACGUCAUCUUCAACGGUCCUUACGGUCCCUACGGCCACGGAAGUUUCCUCCCCAUCACCGAAACGGUGGCGAGAUACGUGAUGCAAAUGCUCCACAAGAUGUCAGAGGAAGAGAUCUCCUCGUUCUGCCCAAAGCAGGAGGCCGUCAACGACUUUGCCGAGCACCGGCGCAAGUUCCUCCCAAGGACUGCGUGGACUUCGCCAUGCCGAUCCUGGUUCAAGAGCGGCACCGUGGACAAGGAGCCCAUGAUGUGGCCGGGCUCGCGUAUCCAGUUCUUCGAGACGAUUGCCACCCCGCGCUGGGAGGACUAUGAUCUCAAGUAUACGACGAGCAACCGGUUCGGAUACUGGGGCAACGGCUUCGCGCAACGCGAGCAGGAUGGUCGGGAUUUGACCUGGUACCUUGGUCUGCUUGAUGGCGUUGAUGAGCAGCCUGCGCUGCCUGACGAGGAUUUUGAGGAGUUUUUGAUGAACAAAUAGAAGGGAAAUAGGAAUAGCGUGUUUGAGUAAUUGAAACAAAUGGCCAC